AUGGUUAUAAAGUUUCUCUUACAAUUUUGUGCUACUUGGGAAGGCGACCUAAUGUUUUUUCGCUUUCCUAAAGAAGUUAAUAUUCUAAAGGUUUGGCAGAGUGCAUGCGGUCGUAAAGACAAUUUUAAUGUUUUAAAUUCAAGAAUUUGUUUAAAGCAUUUUAAAAACAGUGAUUAUGCUCGUAAUUUAAAACAUGAAUUGUUGGGUUACUCUCCCAAAAAUUGUCGGCUGAUUAAACCUGAGGCAGUUCCAACUGAAAAUCUUCCAAGGAAAUCAUCUUGUUCCACUGCUGGUCCUUCUAGUUCUACUACUUCUAGAGAUGUGCGUGCAGAAAAGAAAAAUCGUUCUCAGCUGGUUGACAUUCUUUUGAGCAAUCAAAAUAUUGAAACAGAAAAAAGUACUGGUAGCGGUGAACAUAAUACAAUCUAUCUUGGUGGUGAAGAGAGUUUUUUUAAGGAUAGUAAUGUUAAGAGCAAGAAUGUUGAGAUUGUCACCAGGGAUGUAGGUAUUAACACUGAGCUGGAUAAAAGGGAUAAAAUUAUUACUGGUUUAAAAGAUAAAAUUGCACAACUAGAAGGUGAAACAUCAGCAAUGAAAACAUUAUUUACUGCUAAUCAAAUAAAAAACUACAAUACCCUAAUGGAAGACAAAGAUGGUCAUCGGGCAUAUAGAUUGCUUUUGAACGAAGGCUUUCCUUUACCAGCUGUAUCAACUCUGAGAUCAUGGCUAAAGAAAAUAAAAGGUUUUACCAGGUAUACUGAAGCCUGUGUUCAAUAUAAUUAA